AUGGCUCGGCGAGACGGCUACUGCGGGCCUGAGGGGCUCUUGAGAGACUUUGAUGAGCACUCUCUAGAAGAGGACCUGCCGGGGCACACUGGGGAUGGGCUCACGGAGGACAUCAAUGUCUCGGACAUCGGAGCUGAACCAACCAGCAAGAGAUGGGGAAGCGUAUAUGGUCGGCGCCUGUGGUUGGACACAGAGGGCUACUUAGGGCGUAUUGAAGGUCGAGGGGUGACUUCACCCUACGUCUUCGAUGUUCGAGAGUUUGACCGUGGCGGCCCAUGCGAUCCGACUGUCCGGCAAAUAUCUGGCGGGCGAGUCGUAUUCGGUACAGGUAAGUUCAUCCCGGAGGCAGUGAUGAGGGUGAAGGCGGAUGAGAAAGAGGGCGCUGGGCCCACUAUUGACAUCGUCGGAAUCAUCAUCGGCAACGGUUCUUCAACUCUGACAGAGUGUAGGGAAGAUAGCAUGGAGUGGCGAUCGUAUCCUCGGAUGGCAUAUAGGAGCGGCACUGCUCCUAGGAGGGUCUCAGCUCCACAAUAUGAUAGGAUGGUGAAAGCGGCAGAGGACUGUGUAGCAGAGACGCCAUCUUGCCUGUCGGGGCAUAUGAGCUGCCAGGCGUUGUACGAUAGAUGUUCCAAGAAGCUCAUCAAUCCUAUCAGCGAUGCCAAGUGGAGCAUAUACGAUCUCAGACAUGAGUGCGGUCCGUCUCCUGAUUGUUUGGAUGAUGGACCGGUUCGAAAGUAUUUCAACGAUCCUGCUGUACAGGGGGCUGUGGGAGCGCAUAUGGAGUGGAGAUCGUCGAAUGAAAGUGUCACGGCCGCAUUCCAUAUUCGAGAGCUCUUCACGUCAUCUGCUGAGCAACAACUAUCUUCACUCCUGGUUAAAGGGAUCAGUGUACUCCUGUAUGCUGGUGACCAGGAUUUCCUAUGCAAUUGGCUCAGCGUUCAGGACACGGCUCAGGCGCUCGAGUGGCCAGGGAGGACGGCCUUCGCUAAGGCGGUUGAGAGCUCACUGAGGCAACGACUCGUCCUCUGCCAGUUGCCGUCGUCGAGAAUCGGUGCUCAAGUACGCAUGGUCGGAAGAUCCGGUGGUCUUGGUGGCCUUACUUUCGCAAGGGUCAUCAACGCUAGCCAUAUGGUCCCCCAAGACGCCCCUGAGGCUGCGCUAUCACUUGUAAACGACUUCAUCUACCGUACCACGGCUUACCAUAGUGAUCCUCCUACAGCUGUUGGGCUCAAGAUGCUUAUUGUCUAG